AUGAAAACACCUCAGAAGCAAUGGCUUGAAGUGAUAGGCGCCUACCAAUAUGUGCUCACUUUUCUGUUCAUGGGCCCCUUCUUCACCCUUCUGGUCAUCUUCCUCCUUUUUACCCGGCUCUGGUCCUUCUCUUUUCUCUACUUGGUAUGGCUGUACCUGGACUGGGACACGCCCAACCAAGGUGGAAGGCACGGCAGGUGGAUGAGAAAGUGGACAAUUUGGAAACACCAAAGAGAUUAUUUCCCGAUCAAGCUACUGAACACCUCAGAGCUGCCUGCUGACCGGAACUACGUGCUGGGUGCGCACCCCCACGGGGUCAUGAGCACGGGAAUCUUUUGUAAUUUCUCCACGGACAGCAAUGACUUCUGCCAGCUCUUUCCCGGGCUGCGGCCUUGGAUCGCCACGCUGGUGGGACUCUUCUAUCUUCCUAUCUAUCGAGACUACCUCAUGUUCAACGGGCUGUGUCCUGUGAGUCGACAGAGUCUGGACUUCAUUUUGUCACAGCCCCAGCUUGGCCAGGCAGUGACCAUCCUGGUUGGGGGCGCCCAGGAAGCCCUGUAUGCGGUUCCGGGGGAGCACUGUAUCAUGCUAAGGACCCGUAAAGGCUUCGUGCGCCUGGCGCUAAGGCACGGUGGGCCGCCCCAUCCAUGUACCCCAGUGCCUCAAACCCACCGAAAACCAAGUGGAUCACUAUCACCAACUCUACAUGAAGGCUCUGGAGCAACUGUUUGAAGACCACAAGGAGACCUACGGUGUCCCCGCUUCUACCCACCUCACCUUCCUCUAGACCUGAGACCCUGGACCCUGGGCCUGCAGACUUCCACCAUGUCAUGCUCCACUACUUCAUAAAUGCUAAUGCUGCAGGCGAACACGUCCAGACAUGGCCAUCCCCAUCCCGAGGUGCUAUAGAGUGUCCCCCACCCCCUAGUCUGGGUCUCUGGUCUCUUCCCAGUGAG